CUGGAAGGCUGUACGGCGGGAGAGGAGGGGAGAGGACAGCAGAAGAACAUAGGAGAACACAGGAGGAGGAUACGGGACAAGAUCAUUGGAGAAGGAAAGCAAAAGAGCAGAGCGCAGGAGGAGUUUAUGAGUAAUAGGACUCGCGGAGGAGAACACUGGGUAAGAUGAUAGGGUAAGAAGAUUGGAAAAAGAACCCUGGAGGAGAACAUUGGUCGGAAGAGGACAUAGGAGAACGCUGGAGAAGAACAUUGGAAGAGGACAUAGGAGGAGAAGAAGAGAGAAGAGCAGCGCGAGCCCCAGACAGCGCUCCCCCAUUAUUUCCUAUUUAUAGGGAGCGUCCAUCCAGGUAUUGUCCUGGAGAUGAGGGCUUCGUCGUGGUGGCGGCGUCCCAGUGCCGGGACGGCCCUGCUCCUGGCCGUGUGGCUCAACCUCGGCGUGGGACAGAACCAGCCCUCCGCGCAACCAGGGGGCGACAAACUGAAGCUGCGACUGGCGGGAUACCCCCGCAAGCACAACGAGGGCCGGGUGGAGGUCUUCUACAAGGGACAGUGGGGGACCAUCUGCGACGAUGACUUCACGCUGGCCAACGCUCACGUGCUCUGUCGCCAGCUGGGCUUUGUUUCCGCCACCGGCUGGACGCACAGCGCCAAGUACGGCAAGGGGACAGGGCAGAUCUGGCUGGAUAAUGUGCAGUGCAGCGGCAGCGAGAAGGGCGUCGAGUUCUGCGAGUCUCGCGGCUGGGGUAACAGCGACUGCACCCAUGACGAGGACGCCGGCGUCGUCUGCAAGGACGAGAGGCUGCCUGGCUUCGUGGACUCCAAUGUCAUUGAGAUGCAAGUGGACGAGAACCACUUCCAGGAAGUGCGUCUGCGCCCGGUAGCCGACGGCGCCCCCAAAAGGAUGCCCGUGACCGAGGGGGUCGUGGAGGUGAAGUUCAAAGAUGGCUGGGCGCGAGUCUGCGGCCUGGGAUGGGGCCCCAAAAAUGCACGCGUCGUCUGCGGCAUGAUGGGCUUCCCCAGCGAGAGGAAGGCCAGGAACCUGCACAGAACGAUUAAUAAGAGAGCUGCGAAGUCAAAAGCCCUGAUUGCCAAUUCACCCCAUUCCAGGCAGAAACUAAAUUCUAAAUCUAAGUCUAAACCGAGCAACACAAAGAUCCACAAAAGUGCCGCUUCCAAGCUGGCGAGCAACAUCCGAAUCCAUUCCGUGGCCUGCGCAGGGAAUGAGGUGCACCUGUCUGUCUGCCCCAUGGAGUUCACCAAGGGCAACGUCAGUGUCGCCUGUCCCGGGGGCGUUCCUGCCAUGGUCAGCUGCCUUGCCGGGCCCCAGUUCUCCCACAUCAAUGGCAAGAAAAGGAAGAUCAAGACACCGUCCAAAGUGAGGCUGAAGGGGGGAGCCAAAACCGGAGAGGGACGUGUGGAGGUGCUGAGGAACAACCAGUGGGGGACGGUGUGUGACGACCGGUGGAACUUGCAAGCUGCUAAUGUGGUGUGUCGGGAGCUGGGCUUUGGAAGUGCCAAGGAGGCCUUGACAGGAGCUCGCUUGGGCCAAGGGAUUGGCCCCAUUCACAUGAGCGAAGUCCAGUGCACGGGUUGGGAGAAGUCUCUGUGGAACUGCCACUUCAAGAACAUCACUCUGGGGGACUGCAAGCACUCUGAGGACGCCUCGGUCCGCUGCAACGUGCCCUACAUGGCCUACGAGCAAACGAUGCGUCUCACCGGGGGGCGGUCGCCCACGGAGGGCCGCGUGGAGGUGGCCGCAAAGACCGGGAACGGGACCUGGGUGUGGGGGCUGGUCUGCGGAGAGGGCUGGGGCACACGCGAGGCCACGGUGGUCUGCCGGCAGCUGGGCCUGGGCUACGCUAAGAGCGGCCUGCAAAUCCGGCUGGUUGGCGGACGCAGCACCCACGAGGGGCGGGUGGAGGUUAAGGUGGGGUCCAGGUGGGGCACUCUGUGCAGUGAUGGAUGGACCACGAGGGAGGCUAUGGUGGCCUGUCGCCAGCUGGGCCGGGGCUACUCCCUUCAUGCCAUCACAGAAACGUGGUACUGGGAAACCAACAAUGUGACGGACAUGGUUCUGAGUGGGGUCAAGUGCACCGGGAACGAGAUGUCGCUCAGCCACUGCCGACAUCACGCCGUGGUUAACUGCCAGAAGGCCGGUUCCCGCUUCGCGGCGGGUGUCAUCUGUUCAGACACGGCCUCAGACUUGGUUCUCAACGCCCCGCUGGUCGAGCAGACGGUCUACAUCGAAGACCGGCCCCUGCACAUGCUGUACUGCGCGGCCGAGGAGAACUGCCUGUCCAAGACGGCUGCCAAAGCCAACUGGCCGUACGGCCACCGGCGCCUGCUGCGCUUCUCCUCCGAGAUCCACAACAUCGGGCGCGCCGACUUCCGCCCCAAGGCCGGCCGCCACUCCUGGGUGUGGCACGAGUGCCAUAGGCAUUACCAUAGCAUGGACAUCUUCACGCAUUACGACCUGCUGUCGGUCAACGGCACCAAGGUGGCAGACGGCCACAAGGCCAGCUUCUGCCUGGAGGACACCGAGUGCCAGGAAGGCAUCUCAAAGCGCUACGAGUGUGCGAACUUCGGCGAGCAGGGUAUUACAGUGGCCUGCUGGGACCUGUACCGCCACGACAUCGACUGCCAGUGGAUCGACAUCACCGACGUUAAACCGGGAAACUACAUACUGCAGGUCAUCAUAAACCCUAACUACGAAGUGGCGGAGAGCGACUUCACCAACAACGCCAUGAAGUGUAACUGCAAAUACGACGGGCAUCGCAUUUGGCUGCACAAGUGUCACCUCGGCGACGCAUUCAGCGAAGAAGCCGAGAAGAGGUUUGAACAGUAUCCCGGACAACUGAAUAACCGAAUUUCAUAACUGAGCCGGGCUUCCAAAACAGGCGACAAAGGUCGCAUGGGAGUCGCGGUGUAAUUUCUCGGUUGGUGCUUCUUUCGUACAUCCCAGCCAUCGUGAACCGCUUGGUUCCAGUGAACAAAAGAACCAAGACAAACCCCAGCAAGCAGCUGAAAUGAAAAAGGGAUGAGUCCGAUUACUUGUCACAGAAUUGUGAGGUGCUCCACUCUUUUUUUUUAUACUCUCGCUAUCCUUUACCCUUCAUCAGGAACAAUGCAGCUUCUUCACAGCAAGUGCAUGAGAUGUAGGUAGUAUUAUGUUCGAAUAUCUAGUAACCUUUUAUAAAUGUCUCUCUUGGAAUAAUAAAAAAAACAUGAAGCUCUGUGUAAUUUCUAGCUGUGAACAAAGCUGUCUUUGGGAUUUUUAAAUUAUUAUUAAAGUGCAGCCUGUAGCUGAAUAAGAAUAAAUAUGAGUAAAUUAGUUGUUGCAGUUUAAAUCGCAGUUCGGUGUCUCCUAAACUGGCAAACACAAUUGGGACCAAAAAUAUUUUUGAAACUCGAUUUGUUCCUAAAUCCAAAUCCAAAGUCACUUUUCCCUCUCAGUGACUAUAAAUAAAAGCUACCUAAUAUCAACCAUCCUUCCAUUUAUUCAUGGGUGAGAUUCUCUAACACCCUCAGAUGAAGCUUCAGUUAAUUUAAAAAUACUCUUCAAUUUGUCGUUCCGUUACA